GUCACGUGCUUCUUAACCUGUAUCGUUAAACGCCCUUUCAUAGUUGUAAUCGUUCUUCAUAUAUUUAACUCGUAGGCGCUGUUUGCCAUACAACUGAACAACAUUCUUUACUGAUAGUAAUGAAGUGAUGUCGACACCUGUUCUAUUAGGAUUGGGUAUGAUAGCCGUAGGAGUUGCUGGACGUUAUAUAACACGGAAUACGAAUAUUGGUAGUAUACAAAAACUUUUCAGCAUAUCUGGACUGAAUGGCUCCAAGUAUUAUCGUGGGGGGUUUGAACAAAAUAUGUCCCGGCGUGAAGCUGCCCUAAUCCUUGGGGUGAGUCAACAGUCAAGUAGAAAUAAAAUUAGGGAUGCUCAUAAGAGGAUCAUGCUUCUUAACCAUCCCGAUAAAGGUGAGUUCAAAAUAAAAUUAUCACUAAUUUUCUAAUUUAUGUCAAUUUCUGCAUCAAUAUUAUAACCAACUAAAACCUUAUCCAUAUUAUUAUUAUUCGCUUUUGGUUAUUUAUGAUCUGUUAGGAGCAUGGGACAUGUUGAAGACUUGAUAAUCUAUAUUCUGUCGUGAAAGCCUGUGUUUGUUUUCUGUAGCUCACUAGAUAAUUGAAUAAAAGUUGUAUAUGCUACGACUAGUUAUCAGAUUUCGCUCAUUGUUUUUGUAUUAAGAUUGUAAAUUAUCUACAUAUUGCUCACCCUCGUAGAUUUCUUCAUGGGCUCAAUCUGGGCUUCUUAAUUGAAUUUCUCAGAAAUAUAGAGGCCGGUGAAUCAAAACAAUUUAAUUUCUCAUAAUCAUGUAGUAUUUCAGAUGUUCUCAUUUAUUCUCAUAAAUAUUCGGGUUUGUUAUUCUACACAACUGCACCUCAUUCUUUGGUUUCACUCUCGUGGUUUUAUUUUCGUGCUUUUUUAUUGUUAAUUUUCUUUGCUAUGUUAAGAAAUUAUGUUACUUAAACUGUUGAACUACUUCAUCAGACAGGAAUAUCCAGCCCAUAAGUGUCUAAUAUUUGAGAAAAUAAAAGUUUCCACUUCAGUAAUGUUACUUAGUGACCUAUGCAAAGGAUCGCAGUUCCCCUGAUGUCAGUGACUAAUUCAUAAUCUUACAUAUCGCAUCCAUUGAUUACAUUAGUAUGCUGUGCUAGCUGGGAUAGGAGUAAAUUGGAUAUCAACUAUGAAAGGGUAACCCGGAACAUGAUCAUUAUUUGCCUUGUUUAAUUGUAUCAGAAAGUGUAAACUUCCUGACUGAAAUCCAUGUAAUAAUUAUAAUAUUCAGUGUACUAUUGCAAGUUAUUCACAAUUUAGUUUACCAAAUUCAUUAAGAAGGAUUUGUUCAUAUAUUUGCGUACUUCUACCCUAGUAUUUACACUUCAAUGUACACUUGAGACUUUUGUCAACAGAGCAAUCCAACAGUUAUUUUGUCUAUAUAUAUUCCAUCGGCUUCUUGAAAAGGAUAAAACAAAAGCUUGCCACUCAAGCCCUACCACUUUUCCAGCUUCUGUCGGUUCACAACAACAAGGAUCGAAAUGGAGUUUCUUGUUAAUAAAUAUUUUGCGUAGAAUAAUUUCAUAACAGAAGAAGCGACUAACUUAUAAUGAAAUAAAACUAUUAACUAUAUAUGAAAGGUGUAUUCGUAAAAAAGUUACUGUCCAACUCUAAAAAAUGAUUUAUCUGACAAACAACAAAGGUGUACUUUUAACCAUCACUUCAUAAAUUGUCUUCAGGUUCAUGCCCGCCAGUUUUCGGUAGUUAUUUAUCUUUUUUUAUACAAAUAUUUUACACAACGUAUAAUCUUUUAAUUUGCUUGAGUGUAAUAUGUUUAUCGUAUAUUUAAUUUAGGCGGUUCCCCAUACUUGGCUGC